UAUUUCGCUACAUUGCAAGAUUGUUAGCUGUCUAUCUGGCUAGCUAUGUCAAUGACUUAGUUUUACAAAUAGCUAGCUCGUUAGCUUAACGUUAGAUAACUAGCUAAGUUGCAGAGCUUUUUUAUACGGUUUGUUAUUUAGCUACAGCUAACUAUGGAUUCGAUUUUCAAGUGUUGCUUACCUUAGAUAGUUGUUCGCUAAAAGUGCAACUCUUCUAAUUUCUGCCGCCGAAUGUGUGUUUAUUACACUUUCGUAACUUUGCUAGACAGCUAAACAAAUAUCAUAAUAUUUAUAUUUUUUACAGAAUCAAAUAUGGCGGCCAGGCACACCGGAAGUGGUAAUAGUAUGUAGUGUGCAGCAAAAAUGUUCCACAAAUGUUCCCACGCUCAAACAUGAUGAUAAAAUAAAUUAGUAUCACUUUACAUAAGAUAUACUAUUAUGUCAUGUAGUUAUUGCCUAACCAAAGAUACUGAAUAUAGCUAGAUGUUUCAAAUUCAAACCAUCUAGUGAAACAACUAGUCUGAUCUAAUAUAGUGAACUACAUUUCCCAUAAACAUUUACGCACUGGAAUGUUCCUUCUGACGUCACGUCCCUUAGCGUCCAUCGUUUCCUGUUGAAGUGUAAAUGGAGACAUGACACAGUUGUUUGGGGAUUAUAAGAAACAAUAUAUAGUUAGAAAUCCACUGAAUUAAAAACUGCUGAAGUUAUAUUUAAAUUGAAGUCACUUGAACUCAGGCUCGGUGCAGUCGCUGGCCGCGAUGGAGGCGGUCCCCCGUAUGCCAAUGAUCUGGCUGGAUCUGAAAGAGGCAGGGGAGUUCGAGUUCAGCCCGUCGGUGAGGCAGUUCAUUCUGAAGAACUAUGGGGAGAAUCCAGACAGCUAUAAUGAACAGCUGAAGAAGCUGGAGACACUGAGACAGGGUGCGGUGAAUGUGACGCGGGACUUUGAGGGCUGCAGCAUUUUGAGGAAGUACUUUGGGCAGCUGCACUACCUCCAGAGCCGUGUGCCUCUGGGGCCUGGGCAGGAGGCAGCAGUACCCAUCUCAUGGACAGAAAUAUUUUCUGGAAAAACAGUCACUCAUGAUGACAUCAGCUAUGAGCAAGCCUGCAUCCUCUACAACCUGGGUGCUCUCCACUCCAUGUUGGGAGCCAUGGAUAACAGGGUGUCCGAAGAGGGGAUGAAGGUGUCAUGUACACACUUCCAGUGCUCCGCGGGGGCCUUCUCCUACCUGAGGGACCACUUCAGCCACAACUUCAGCGUGGACAUGAGUCACCAGAUCCUUAACCUCAACAUCAACCUCAUGCUGGGUCAGGCUCAGGAGUGUCUCCUGGAGAAGUCCAUGCUGGACAACAGGAAGAGUUUCCUUGUAGCCCGCAUCAGUGCUCAGGUGGUGGACUACUAUAAGGAGGCGUGCAGGGCUCUGGAGAACUCUGACACGGCCUCCAUGCUGGGUAAGAUCCAGAAGGACUGGAAGAAACUGGUGCAAAUGAAGAUCUACUACUUUGCGUCCAUCGCCCAUCUGCAUAUGGGGAAGCAGGCUGAGGAGCAACAGAAAUAUGGAGAGCGGCUGGCUUACCUGCAGAGCUCCUUAGACAAACUCAGUGAAGCCAUCAAGUUGGCCAAGGGUCAGCCGGACAGUGUGCAGGAGGCCUUGAAGUUCACCAUGGAUGUGAUAGGGGGAAAGUUCAACUCUGCCAAGAAAGACAAUGACUUCAUCUACCAUGAGACUGUGCCCUCGGUCGAGACUCUUGCUUCUGUCAAAGGUGCCCCCCUGGUGAAGGCCUUGCCCGUGAACCCAACUGAUCCCAGUGUCACAGGCCCAGACCUGUUUGCCAAGCUGGUGCCCAUGGCUGCCCACGAGGCCUCCUCUCUCUACAGUGAAGAGAAGGCCAAGUUGCUACGGGACAUCAUGGCCAAGAUAGACAGCAGGAAUGAGACUCUAGAGCAGUUUAUGGACUCUCUGGGUCUGGAGCCAGACUCAGUAGAUAACCUGGACAUGUACAGUCACAUCCCCCCUGUACUGAUGGAGAAGUGUGCUGCGCUCAGUGUCAGACCAGACACCGUCAAGAGCCUCAUUCAGUCCAUGCAGGUCCUGUCCGGUGUGUUCACGGACGUGGAGGCGUCUCUGAGGGAGAUCCGGGAUGUGCUGGAGGAGGACGAGGCCGGGGUGCGGGCGCUGCAGGAGUCGGUGGGAGGAGGCCCCGCGGCGGAGCUGCACCCUCAGGCACAUGCCCAGACCCUGGCUGAGAUCCGCAGGGACCUGGAGAAGUACAUGGAGGCCCAUGAGAAGGCCAGCUUCACCAACACAGAGCUGCACAGAGCCAUGAACCUGCACAUCAGUAACCUGAGGCUGCUGGGGGGACCACUGGAUGCCCUGAGAGACGCCCUGCCGAGGCCCCAACUCAACCAGGAGGAGGUGGCAGGGCUGCAGUGCAUGAAGAGGAUCCUGGGUAAGGUGCAGGAGAUGAGGGACCAGAGGAGCACCCUGGAAAAACAGCUGCGUGACCUCAUCCAGCAGGACGACAUCACUUCCUCCCUUGUCACUACCGAGCGCACUGACAUGAAGAGGUUGUUUGAGGAGCAGUUGAAGAAGUAUGAGCAGGUGAAGGUGUACAUCGACCAGAACCUGUCUGCCCAGGAGAACAUCCUCAAGGCGCUGACGGAAGCCAACGUGCAAUACGCCUCGGUCCGCAAGGGUCUCGCCGAGACGGAACACAAGUGGAACGGCACGGUGCAGACCCUGGUGGCGUCCUACGAGGCUUACGAGGACCUGAUGAAGAAGUCCCAGGAGGGGAAGGAGUUCUACGAGGACCUGGAGACCAAGUCCUCCCGCCUGCUGGAGAGAGCUAAGACUCUGUGUCAGGCCAGGGAGGAGGAGAGGAAGGCCGUGCUGGACAGGGAGACUCAGAAGAAUCCCCCUUCUCGGCCCACUGCAGCCAAACCGUCCCUGGGGUCCAAGGGGGGCUCAGACGUGGACUCUGCCUGUUCUAGUCUGGAGGAUGCUGAGCUAGCCCAGAUCAACGCUGCUAUACUGAGCCUGGGAGGAGACCUGCCUGACGAGCUCCGUAGUCUACCCCCCAACCACCCCUCCCUGCACUCUGCCCUUCGCCCGGGACCUGAGGCUUUCCUUCCUGGUGCCAAUCUGGGUGGCAAUGCUUCGUUACCCUGGCCAGGGGCACCUGGGGCACCGCUCUAUACCCCUCAGUUCCCCCCAAACCUUCGCCCGCACCAUUUCCCUGGCCCGCUCCCCGCCCAGGGUUUCCCUCGCGGACCCUUCCCUCAGCUACCCCCCCAGCAGACCCCUGUUUCUGGCUAUCCCCAGCCGCAAGCCCCCCAAACUGGGGGAGUCGGGCCUGCCCGUGCCCCUUUCCGUCCCUCCACUACUACAGUAGAUAGUAUCCAGACCCCCAUCCCCAGUUAUAACUCAGCCCCACGCCACACUGUACCACCUACUGUCUCUGCAGGCUACGCUGUUCCCCCACAGAUGGGUGUGUACCCACAGUACAUGACCCAGCCUGGGGUGCCCAUGCAAGCGCCCAGCCAGGUACCACACCAACAUCCACAGCAGCAGUACCAACACCCUCCUGGGCAGCUGCCCCCUGGCUACCAGUCUGCCCCCAGGGCUAUGCCCGGGCCCCGACCCCAGGCCCAGCAGGGUUACCCACAGUACAUGCCCCCCCAGCACCAGCCCCGGCCGCCCAUGCCCCCCCAAUAUCAACAACCAUAUCCUGGUCAGCCCCAGCCACAACCCCAGCAUGGCUACCAGCCCCAGUUACCACAGGGCUAUCAGCCUCAACACCCUCAGCAGGGCUACCUUCCCCAACAGCCCCAACACAUGAUCCCAAGGGGCCCUCACCCACAGAUGCCCCCCACUUCCCAGCCCAUGCCCCCUGUCUCCCAACCAUACAUGCAACCUGCCAACCAACAGAUGCCCUCGCACCCUCAUCAGCAGAUGCUACCUUCCCAACAACAACAAAUGCAUCCCAACGCCCAGCAAAUGCACCCUCAUCCACAAAUGCACCCUGGCCCUCAUCAGCAGAUGCCCCCUAACAGCCAGCCGAUGCCCCCAGUUUCCCAGGCUUACCUGCCCCCCACCAGCCAGCCCAUGCCCCCUGGCCUGCACCAGCAGAUGCCCCCUGCUUCCCAGCCCCAUCAUGUCCACCUCCCUCAGGCUUACCUGCCCAGGGGCCCCCUCCCACCUCAGGGGCCCCAGAUGCCCCUCCCUGGUCAACCCCCCCAACAUGUCUACCAGCCCCAGUUACCACAGGGCUACCAGCCACCUAUAAUGCCUCAUUCAGCCCCCCAACAGUCCCAGGCUCCCCAGCCUGUAGCCCCCAUGACCCCCACCAUGUACGCUACUCCUUUAGGUGUGAACGGCUCUCCCGGAGCCCCACCACAGCCCACCUCUAUGGGCCAACCUCGGCCUCCUCCCCAACACAUGAUUCCACCAACUGCUGGAGCUCCUCCAGUGGCCCUCCCACCUAACGUCAUCCUUCCCUCGCCCUCACCUUCCCCUUCCCCUUCCCCCUCCCCAGGCCCCUCUUCCCUAGGCUUGGCCCCCCAGAGGCCCUCCCCAGCCCCCACCCCUGGCGGUCCACCCUCUCUCCCUUCCUCCUCAUCCCCCUCCACCUCCCUCUUCCCGCGCCAGAACUCCAUCACAGACGACCUGCUCUCCUCCAGCCCAGAGAGCCAGCCCGGCGGCCCCAAGGCCCCCGCCAACGUCCUCCAACCCACCAAGGCUGACCCUCAAGACGGGGAGCGCCGCAAGAAGAGCUCCCAGGGCGUCCGGCUGAUCCAGGGCGACCCGUACCAAGCCCCCGAACGCGUAGCCCGCCUCUGCGGCGAACUCGAACGCUUCCGGUCGGCCGUGGAGUCUCUGGAGCGCCCGUCGGUGGACGAAGGUGGACUGUCGCCGCUGGAUGCCCGGUGGAAGGAGCUCCAGGAGGGGCAGGAGAGGGAUGCCAGGCAGCUGUCCAUCGCCAUCGCCCGCUGCUACACCAUGAAGAACCGUCACCAGGACGUGAUGCCCUACGACUGUAACCGCGUGCUGCUGCGCUCGGGGAAGGACGACUACAUCAACGGCAGCUUUGUGGAGGAGCUGUCGCCCUACUGCCCGCGCCUCAUCGCCACGCAGGCGCCGCUGUCGGGCACGGCCGCCGACUUCUGGCUCAUGGUGUGGGAGCAGAAGGUUUCGCUGGUGGUCAUGCUGGUCUCAGAGCAGGAGUUAGAUAAGGGAAAGGUUUUGCGCUAUUUCCCGACAGAACGAGGCCAGCAGCUUGCUCAGGGACCAAUCACAGUCACCCUGACUACGCAGAAGACCACGCCCACCCACGUGGAGCGAAUGAUUGGCCUGCAAUAUCGUGACCAGAGCCUCAAACGCACCGUCAUACACCUACAGUUCACCUCCUGGCCUGAGCUGGGUCUUCCUGAGAGCAAGAGCAAUCUAAUCUGCUUCAUCCAGGAGGUUCAUGGAUACUACCUGCACCAGAGGCCCUUACACACACCUAUUGUUGUGCACUGCAGCUCUGGCGUGGGGCGUACCGGCGCCCUCUGUCUGCUGUAUGCAGCGGUACAGGAGCUGGAGGCAGGGAACAGCAUCCCUGACCUACCUCUACUGGUCAAGAAGAUGAGGCAGCAGAGGAAGAACAUGCUGCAGGAGAAGCUGCACCUGAAGUUCUGUUACGAGGCUGUGCUGAAACACGCUGAGCAGGUCCUCCAGAGACGUGGCUACCUCCCUACCGCCCCCUGCAGCAAGACACCCAGCACUGCUGCCACCAAGCCUUACUCUCGCCAGGAGUCCCAACAGGACAUAGUUCUGGGAGGUGACAUGACCAUCAGCUCCAUUCAGGCCACCAUCGCCAAACUCAGCAUCCGGCCUCCCAGUGCCACUGACCCAGCCAUGGACCCUGUCCUCGACAUUGGCGCCCCCUCUGGUCUGGAGGACCAAGCCUUCAUCCCCCCCACCGACCUGCCCUUGGAUAGAGAGCUAGAGCCAGCCACCGCCCCCACCCGGGACCCCUCUCCCAGAGAGACCCAACCCUCCUCCCUCAGUCCCCCACUCUCCUCCCCAGAGAAGGUUCAGUCCCCACCACCCAAUGGUGUGGAUGCCACUGCCCCUUCCUCUCCCCCCACAGCCAAUAACCAUGCGGUCCCAGAGGUGACCCCUGAUCCAGCCCCUCCCUCUGGCCCAGCCCCAAACUCCCUGGAGCUGCUGGCCUCUUUGACUCCUGAGGCCUUCUCCAUGGAGGGUGGUGGGUGCAAGGGGAAGCACCGUGUCACUAAGCAGAGCUUCCUGCAGCCUGCCGAGGGCCAGGGCCUCCACCAGGGGCCCCGCGAGGAGGGGGGAGACGACCCCCUGAGCUGCCUAGACCCCCUCUGGAGCCUCAACAAGAACUGAAACACAGGAGCCACGAUGCCCUCUUUCUUUCUCACUUCAUAGCCGUGUCAAACUGACCUGUAGCCUUUAGGACUAGUUCUUCUUGAUUCUCUGAUUCUUAGUUAAUGAACCAAAAUGACUAGAAUGGUGGAAACUCCAAGAAUCACAACUAGAAGUGCUUAGUGGUAGGGGCUAGGGGUUGGUUUGAACCUGGGCCUUUGUCGCUUUAGGGGCCCUUCAGGGGUCAUACAUUCCGCCUCCCAUCACUGGUGACCUGGCUGUGCUUCUGGGACCAAAUCAUGGUGCACUCGUCUUUUCUUUCCUUCUCUUUGUCUGUGUUUCUACCUGUACCAGAUGGGUCUGUUCUUCACUCCUUGCUUCAGAGCUGGCCACUCGGCACCACUACAAUCCCAGCACGCCCUCCUAGCAGCAGUGUCUAUGGUCCCCUCGUACAGCUGGUCGCUCCAGGCACGGGGUUGGCUUGGGCUCUUCAUGUGGACUAAGAUGAUGACGGUAGUGACUGAUAUGGUUGCACUAAGGUGACGCAGAUAGAGGCCAAAGGGUGGCGGAGGAGCUUGCAGACGAAGGUGUCGUUAUGGUAACCGCAUACAUGAAUCGGCACGUCUUAAGAUUUUUUUCUUGUCUUUCAUUAACACUGUAAAUAUAUCUUGAAUAAAUGUAGACUACCCUCAUGUUA